AUGGCCGCCGAGGGUCAAGUGCAGACGGUCGACGUGACGUCGCUAGAUGUGCCACAGCUGCUUGAUGUUCGAAAACAGCUAGAGCUCGAGCUGAAGCAAUUCACGACCAUGUUUGGCCAGCUCAAGAUCGCACAAGCACGCUUUCAAAGUUGUGCGGAGAGCGUUGAAGCCAUCCGACCAGAGAACCAAGGCAAGACAACGCUUCUUCCGCUCACAGCGUCGCUUUAUGUGCCAGGUAAGCUGAGUGAUCCGGAAAAGGUUAUUGUCGAUAUCGGCACAGGAUAUUAUGUCGAAAAGUCUCGCCCUGAAGCACGUAAACUGUAUGAAGACAAGGUGGCCUAUAUCAUCAAAAACAUGGAACAGCUACAAGAGACGAUCCAUCGGAAACAGGAUAACCUUCGCGUCGUAUGCGAGCUGCUCCAAGUGAAAGUGCUCCAGCGUGAAGGGGCUCAGGAAGCUGCCUAG